AUGUCUCCUCAAACAAUCAUAAUCAACUACACCCCCGACAAGCGGCUCUCGCUCCUGGACGCGACUACCAAACAGCCGCUCUACCACGUCAAGGUCAGCCGGCAGACGCCGCAGAUGGAAAUGAUCCGCCUGGCGGGCCACCUUCCCCCGACGGAGGGCGCUGGCACCGGCGCUACUAGGACGGGGAUGCGGCCUAUCCCCGCGGACGAAGAGAACUAUUUUGAAUCGCGUGUGUGCACUGCGCAGUUUAAGAUGACUAGCCUGGACGUGAUACUGCGCAUCCGUGAGCAGCGCAACAUCGAGCUCAAGCGCCAGAAGGUGCUAAGCACGCGGUACUCGUUCGUCUCGCCGGCGCUGUCGGUGGGCGGAGCGAGCGGGCUAGUGGGCGAGGGGGGUCCUGUCGUCCUAACGUGGGAGACGGACUCGGGGGACAAUGCGGUCGGGAACUUUCGGCUGGUGCGUGAGGGGGAUAGCAAAGUGCUGGUCAAGUUCCGCAAUGAGGCGUUCUCUAACGCGCGGGUGGGCACCUUUGAGGUGCUGGAUAGGGCGAUGGAUCAGUUGGUCGAGGACGAGGCGGUUAUCUCGGGGCUGGCGAUGCUGGCGAUGAACCAGAGCUUCCACUUAGCGGGGAUGGUCAUGUUUGGUCGUUCUUAA